CCAUAACAACAAAAAUAACAAGAACAAUAAUAAUAACAAUACCAAUAACAAUGUUUACAAGAACAACAAAUUUAUACUCUACCUUCGCAAAGAGUCCGUCUGCAAUUUGCUUUACCUGUAACUCGUCAAUCAUCGACAACGUUUCUGCCGCUCUUACAGUGUUCAUAUUGUCUACUUUGCGUUGUGCAUGCAGCCACAAACAACAGCAAGAACAACAUCGAUAUCAACAGCAGCGACAGUAUCAUUCUAUUCGAUAUAUUUGCCCAUACCGUCCGUCGCUGUUUUCAAUGUUCGCAUUUGUUUUGUGUGUAUGUUUAUUAUUUACCUAUACGAAUGGCUUGGCUACAGUAACAGCUCCCCUACCGCCACCAUUGGCCGCCGCUUUAGCUGCGCCGGUUAGCUCUUCCAUAUUGGAACAAUUCACGCCUAAUUGUAGUGCCGUAGUGCACAUAUUUCAAACACGGGGUUUCGAUCCAGCCGAGAUGCCACAAAAGCCCAAAAAUGAUAUGGGUUUACGCUAUUGUGAAUCACCCUUGGUAGGCACAUGUUGUACUCAUAGUAUGGAAACCAAAAUGGCCAUGCAGUCACGUCUUCAGCUGGAGAAACAUUCUAGAGAGCAAAUUCUAAAAAUUUCAAAUAUGUUAAGUGCGAAAGCUGCGAAAUUUAACGAAAUCUUUCGUGAACUGCUACGGGAAUCGAAAACAGAAUUUCAUAACAUGUUCACACGCACUUACGGUGUUAUUUAUCAACAAAAUUCCUAUGUGUUCUCUGACCUAUUCAAUGAGCUGGAAAACUAUUACUCGCGUGGUCGUGUCGACUUAUUAGAUGUUAUGGAUAAAUUUUUCAACACUUUGUAUCAGAAAAUGUUUAAAGUGCUAAACUCUCAAUAUUCCUUUGAUGAAAAAUAUUUACGUUGUGUUAGUGAGCAUAUGAAAGAGUUGAAACCGUUCGGUGAUGUACCCGAUAAACUAUCCGUCCAAGUGAAAAGAUCUUUCGUUGCCACUCGAACUUACGGUGAAGCCUUAGCUGUUGCUGCUGAAGUAUCGAAAAGAUUAAUAAACGUUCGUUUAAACGCUGAUUGCACAUCCGCAUUAACGAAAAUGGAACAUUGUGGAUCGUGUAAAGGCUACAUGGAGAAGCCGUGUACAAAUUAUUGUAUAAAUGUUAUUAAAGGAUGUUUACAUUAUUUUAAUGAAUUCGAUAUUGAAUGGGAAAAUUACGCCUUAGCGAUGGACAAAGUCGCCGAACGUUUAUUGGGCUCUUUUAAUAUUGUUAUGGUAGUAGAACCGAUUAAUAUAAAAAUUUCCGAAGCCAUUAUGAACUUCCAGGAUUCCGGUCAUGAUAUCACCGUCCGUGUUUUUGAAGGUUGUGCACGUCCUCCCCUUGAUCGUUCUAAACGCAGUAUAAAUCCGAAAUUUGGUACCGCGUUCCCUUUCAAUUUGAGUCAAAAAGGUGCACUAUUGCGUCCAUCGUCUUUGCCUUUGGACUCACUUGAAAAUGAUACUCUAGAUAUCGAUGCUUCCCCUGAUGAUGCGAUUGUGUUACGAGAGAAACGAGUUGCCGAUCCUGCAUCACGAGAUCAAAGUGAAAGUGGAGUUGGUAACAGUGGCGUUGGUGGAGGCGGCGGCAAACGUAACAAUAAAAAACAGAAUCGGAAAAACGAUAACACCGAAUAUAAUGGCCGGGAUCCGGCCCUUGAUAAAAUUAUACGCGACAUACGACAACGUGUUAAGGAUUUAAAAAAGUUUUGGUCGAAUUUGCCUCAUCAAUUUUGCAAUAACGAUGAAAUUUCCUCAUCAGCAGAUGCAGACGGUAUGUGCUGGAAUGGUCAUACGAUAGAUCGUUACAUGCAUUCAAUUACAACGGAGCAUGGUUCGAAUCCUGAAUUUCCAGGAACUCCCUCGAAAGAAAGACAAAUCUCUCAAGUCGCCACGCAAGUCUUUUACCUAAAAAACGUGGUCACGCAUUUGCGGAAUGCGUACAAUGGUCAAGAUGUGGAUUGGAGUGAUCAAGAUGAACCAUAUUUUGGGAGUGGUUCUGGAUCUGGUGGUGGCACCGACGACGAAGAUGACGAUGAAGGUUCUGGUUUGGGCAGCCAAUUUACGCCCACUCAUAAUCCCGAUCAAACAGAUCGGCCCCCAUUACGUGUUAAUAACGUCGAUGAUGAAGACGAGGAUGCCGUUGACGAACGAACGCAUAAUGUUGGCACUAACGUUGGUGGUGGUGGUGGUGGUGGAGGCGGCGGUGGAGGAGGCAAUGGUGGCAGUGUGCAAACAUACACUUCUCGUCCUGCUCACCCUCAUAACACAAAUACUCUGGAGGAAGAAGAUGAUCGCAAUGACCCCGAAACUGGCGAAGACCUUGAUUAUCAUCUUAAAGCAAGCGGGAGUGCGGGCGUCGCCAUUAAAAUAUCUUUGCGUCGUGCUUUGUUUAUGUAUUUAAUGCCACUUUAUAUAGCGUGGUUUGGUGGCAUUAUUGCCGAUAUGCUGUGAUUUCUUAUUUAAGCUUUUUUUUAAUAUUUGUACCUAUUUUUUCUACAUUUUUUUCGACUUGGACUUCUUUUUGAGAAAUUUCCUUCAAUGAGAAUUAAUAAAAAAAAAAAAACAUAUAAAUAAAAUAAACAAAUUUAGUUGUGGCCUGAACUAGGUUUACUCUAAACCAUAUUUUAAAAACGAUUGACUCAAAAAUUUUGAAAUCAAUUUCGUCUCACUAAAAAAAAGAUAAUUUUGAAAAAAAAAAAAAAUUUUGUUUUUCUUUUUUAAUUUGAAGUAAAAACAUAUCAAAUUACAAUUAUACUUGGCUCUACAGGAUAGUCCGAUUACAAAUGUUUUUUUUUUUUUUUUUUAAUCCAUUUUCUAAUCCAUAGGUAUCAAUCGAUUACUGCAUUUCCGUAGACUUUAGAUGAAAAACGCCUUCUGACUGACAUUGCAAGAAAAUUAACUUCUAAUUAAAAAAAUUUCAAAUUGAUUAUCCUAUCAAUUUUUUUUUAUUUGUUUUUUUUUUUAAGUUUGUAAUCCAUUUUAUGUUCUUUUUUCCCGGCACUGUUUCAAAAGAAAUGAAUUUCGAGUUAGAAGUGCAAGCAAUAAGGGCGUAUAUGAGUACAGGCCGCUAACUUCAUUAUAAUGCAAUCAUCAUGAAAUUGUGGCAGAUUGACUAAGUUAAUCUCUUCAGUUAAUAAAAAUCUUUCAUUAUUUAUUUCAUUAAAUAGACACCGAACUACUUAAGGUGAUAAAAGCCACAAAAGGCUGCUCACUUACCGAUUGGACAAACAUUUAGUGCGUUGCGGCCGCCAUCAUCUCAUGUCUUUCUCUUUUUCCUAGCUUCUUUGUGACCGCCACUGCGUUACACGAGUGGGAGACAUCUCCUAAACUAUUGGUCAUAUUAAAGAAAAUAAAUAAAGUUAAGAGAGAUUACACUCAAUUUUAUAUUACGUAUACUUCGUUUUUAGAACUGCUAUAAAGACAGUUCCAAAUACUAGCAACAACUUUGUGUGUGUGUGUGCUAAUCUCAAAGUCUGCUAACUUCCAAAAAAAAAAAAAAAAAAAAUGUGUAUUUUUUCAUUGUUAUCGACUUAUCGAAGUAAAAGAUUGUUUUAUAAACGCGUAAGCGUUAAUCCGUUAUUCUUACCAGCCAUUCUACUUGUCUACAAUUACAUUGAUUCAUCCACGAGAAGACGUUUGAAGAAGAAGUUUAUUUUUUUUUUAAUCACACUACAAUCUCUCCAUCCAUCCAUCCAUUGUCGUUGUAUUUAUAAUUAAAGAUGCAAUAUUUUAUAAUGUAAUUAUUGUCAGCUUGAUUGAAAAUCAAACAGCUUUCAAACGAAAUUUUUAUCUCAUAUCAAAUAUCCGUUAAUUAACUAAACCGAAAACAAAAAAAAAAACUAAGACAAUAAACAACUAAAAAUAUAUCUUUCUUAUCUCUUCAUUUCUAUUUUUCUUAACUUUCAUAUGUAAAACUUAAAAAAAAAAAGCUAUUCAUCUAAAGGCAAAUCUGACUAAUAUUUGGGUUUGAUUUAAAUUUGUAAUCUCCAGCAGGCAGAUGAGCAACAUUUCGUAUCAAUUGGCAUCGAAAUAAAUGAAAAUCGCUAUAUGGAACUUAUGUCUGCCAUAUAAUUGCAUUGAACUUAAGGGCGCAGUUACUUGCCAAUUAUUGUGCGAAUUGUAUUGUUGUACAAUGUCCAACCUGUAACCAAAGAAUGACAUUCUGUAAUCUUUUCAAUUCUAGGUAUAAUGUACAGCAAUACGCAUUAAUUUUAAAUUUCUAAUCAGAUUUUAGAUUGACAACUCAUUUACUCAUGUCAGCCUAGCCGUCCGUCAAUAUGUAAAAUUUUUCAAAACCGAUCAUCACAUUAUUAGUACACUUUUUUCCGUCCAAGAGAUGAAUGUAACAAGUUGUUCUAGAAUCAAUUUUUCUGAAACUAGAUGAUAAACGAUAUAAGUUGGCCUCCCCACAUAUUUGCGAGAAAAUAAAUUUGAAACGAAUUCUUUCCAAAAAGACGUAAAAUUUUAUAUAUAAAAAAAAUUUAGGAUAAUUUUUCAAAAUAAGAAAAAAAAAAAUAAAAAAUAGGAUUUACUAAGUAUACUAAAGAGUAAAUAAACUUUUAAUUAUUAAUGGAGGAGAUAUAAAAAAUUGAAAAGUUAUUAAUAAUUUAUUUUAUAUUCAUACACACAAAACAUUACCUCACUCUAAUUGAGAAAAAAAAUGAAAAAUGAAAAACGAAAAACAAAAACAACUGAAUAUUGAAAAAGCACCUGUAGGUUGAAAAAAAGAUAUCUAAAAACAUUGUACGAAAGCUUUAACUUAACAUUUUAGACAUUUCAAAAUAUAAAAACAAUUAUAAUUUUGUGUGUAGUUUUUUUAUUAUUAUUACAAAAAAAGAAAAAAAAAAAGAAAAAAAAGAAAAAACAAAUGUGCAAUUACUAUAAGAGAAAGAUGAACAAUAUAAUAUGUAUGUAUAUUUUUCGGUUUGAGUUAAUUCUAUAACACCUACCCACUGCCCAUAGAGUAAUUUUUAUAAAUAUAUCUAUCUGUACACACACGAAUGUUCGAAGAUAUGAAAAAGAAAUGGAAAUCCAACAAUCAAUAUCGAAGUGCAUCCCAGAUAUAGAAAACAUAAUGUACGCUUUACCUAAAAAUGUUCGCUCUCUAUCAAUAAUGGAGUCAGGUCUCUCAGCUUAUCCCCUACAAUCGUUGUCAGAAAAUUUGCAUAUUUUCUUGCGUCUUCUAUCUUGUAUCGAUCGUUAUCGAAAGAAUUAAGAAUGCUUCGAAAAUAGAUAUGAUUUUUUUUUUUUAAUAAAACUAAAAUCAGUGUUUGCAAAUUUUUAUGAAAAUAUCGAUAAAUAGCUAUAAGUCUCCCCAUGAUUUUUGCUCAGGCUGGUGGGUACAACAAAUUUAGGCUGGAGUUAUAUAAAAAA